AUGCUCGGAAAUUUUCAGGGAUUAUGGUCGAAAGGAAUGUUCGAUGAGCCGCCUUACGUCUCCGACCUGGCGUUGUUCACUACGAUUGGGCAGCUAGAGAGACGCCGGCGGAAGCCUAAAGACCGCACUAGCGGCUCUGCUUCGUCCGCGCAACGAACCAUCGUCGUGAUCCAAUACUUUGAUGUGAUAGCGGAGAUAUUACUCAAUUCGCCAGCCAGCCCCUUGCAAAAUUCAUGGUAG